ACUCAAACGAUGACAUGGAAGGCAGACUACUACUCGUGUUUACAUGUCUUGUUUCGUGUUUAUUUGCAAAUAAUGUAUACGAUGUAGAAAAAUUUCAAGUGGAAAAUGAAGAUGGGACUACUCAGAUAUUCGAAGUUAAACGUUUAGAACCUGUAAAUGGCGAAUCAUGCGCCAUUUGCUCACAGAACACGGUGAACUCGUCUCCUCGGCUAACCCCUAUCCGCUCGAAUGUUUUCAUUGCAGUUGGGGAGGUGGCAACAGAUUGCGAGGAGAACUCAGCCAAGCUUCCUACUGGUCUGUGCUCAAAUGCUAAAGACAGAGGUCACUGCUCCAGGGAUACUCUUUCUUGUGAGCAUUCCCCCGAGGAUUUAGCAGAAGACCUUGCAGCCACUGAGAUGGUCCCAAUGCAAACAAAAAAUUAUGACAUUGAUUCAAAAUUAGCUCUUGGAUUUGUGUCAAUAAAUAUCGGGAAUCUUGAUGAUGCUAUGCAAAUAUUCAACAGCAUUCUCUCAUAUCAUCCAGAUACAGUUGGUGCACAUUAUGGUCGGGGUAUUGUAUACCAGAGAAUGGGAAUUCAGGAAAUUGCAAAUGCUGCUAAAAGUAUUCGUGAAUUUACUGAAGCCAUUAUGAAAGACAAUAGCUACCAUGAAAUUUAUGAAAGAAGAGCAGAGUCCUACAUAGCUAUUCAACAUUUUGCGGAUGCUUUGAAAGAUCUUAAUAUGGCUGCCAAGUCAAGUCCUUCCAAGCGGCUAUAUUUCAUCCGUGGCAUUGUUCAUCUUUUGUUGGAGAACUUUGCUGAGGCAGAGGAAGAUUUCAGGAAAAACUUAGACCCAGAGAAUUCAUUACAUGUGGGCUCCAACUUCCAUCUGGGUUUGGCCCUGUAUUAUCAAGGAAAAGUUAGAAAUGCCAUUGAGGUGUUUAAAGAUGUUUUGAAAUUAAAGCCAGAUCAUGUAGAAGCAUCAACUAGCUUAGGCCAAGCAUUCAGAGAACUGGGAAAUUUAAAGCCAGCUUGGAAGAGAUUUAAUCAGUCCAUUCAUAUGAACCCCAAUCAUGCUCAGACUUGGCAGUUGUGGGGGAGCAUGUUAUAUACUAUUGGGGAACACAGAGCUGCCAAACUUAAUUUUGAUAAAUGCCUGAAGAUUAAUCCGUCCAAUAUAAACUGUCAGUAUAUGCAGUCCUUGACUUAUAUUGCUAUGGGAAAAUAUUACCAGGGACUCAAGUCAUCCAUGAAAGUGAUGAUAAAUAAUACUCCAGCCAUUAAAGCCACUCCUGAGUUUAUCAAGGCCCACUAUCUCCGAGAAUAUGCAAGAUUUCUUCAUUCAAAACUGGAUACACCAUUAGUGGAUAUAAAUAUAGAUAAUUUUCAUCCUGAAUUCAAAGACAGGUGGACUAAACAGUUUCCUUUCCAGUUUAAGAAUACUUAUAAAGAACAACCUGGGCUUCAGCCUGAAAUUAAUGAUGUUUCCUAUGUAUCUAUUAUGGAGUAUGGUAGAGAACUUCAGGGGCUGAUCUGUAAAGCUCACAGAGUCGGUCUGUCCAUGCAGGUAGCAGCUGAUGGCUAUUUACCAAGUAGAAGACAUAAUUUUGCCAUGGGGCUGGCAUCAAUGCAUAUUGCUCAACUCUUAGAUAAAAGGUGGAGAGAAAUAAGAUUAAAUAAACAAAUAGAUAGGUCCCUGGAUUGGAGGGAGGUUUUUAGUAUAGCGGUUCAGUAUCGGAGGUUGAUUGAUCCUGAACAGCCUAUUUUCUGGUUAGACAAGAUGCCAGACCAUGCCACAGAGGAUGGAUAUCACACAGAGAUUAACUUUAUCAAAGGAGAUGUGCAAAAUAUUAAAGUUAUGCAGUAUUAUGAUUUGGUGUUUAAGCUAGCUAAAACCAUGCUGGAACAUUAUGCAGGGGAUGGGGCAAUUUUUUAUCAUGAUUUACGACAAGAUGUUGAAAGAGCGAAAACAUGUGAAGAUUUACUGAUGAUAGCUAGAAAACGGAAUAUAAAUGAAAAUGGUUUCAUGGUUUCUACACAAGUGCCAAGUUCCAGGAAUGAUGAGAGAUUGGAUGGUUCCAUGGUUGUUUUGUCACGUGAUAUGAGUAACAAGAUGACUUUUGCCAUUAGUAUUGUUAAUAACAAAGCUCGUACUCAACUCUACCAUGCUGAAAUAGAUGCAGUGUUUAAUCAGAUUCAAGAAGAAAUAAAAAGAAUAGGAAUAGGCAAAGCACUGAACACAGACUCAGUUAUGGAUAAAAUUUUGACAAUGAUGUAUUACAUUUAUAAUCUGAUGCCACUCACAAGGGGAAAUAGUGCUGUAAUAUACUCAGUGGCCAUGGGCAUCAUAAUGUCUGUUAAUAAGUUUGUUUUUGGAAAGAUUCCAAGUGGAAAGCUAUUAGAAAUGGAAGCCAUUUUGUCUGGUGCUCCAGAUGCCUUUAUUUUAGUGACAAAAAAUUGGAUGAAUGUUAAAGGAGCAGAAGUCCCCAUUACCAUUCACCCUAAAAUUUGGGAUGUUUUACCAAAUGUUCGAAAUAUUGUGGAAGUUUUGAAUGUGAACACAGAUUUAUGUGUUAUGCCCGCAAGUCCCUGAUCUCAGAAAUCGACACAUCGAAGUCUUAUUCUACAAACUCACUAUGCAAAUGCCACAAGCCUUGACCAGUAUUCUUUUGUAAUUUUUUAAAAACAAAUUGUGUUUUUAUCUAAUGGUAAGAAUUACAUUGUAGCAAAACAUGAAGAUUUUUUUGUAAAUUAUUUGGCAUUCAAGCAGUCCUUCUGCACAAUGUAGACAAAUUUUAUAACUGUUUUUCUUUUUUAAGGGUUUAGAAAAUUUUGAAGAUUCUUAGUCUUUGUUUCAGCUACUGGUAGUAGUUACCGUUAAAUUUAGAACUAUUGUACAUGUAUACAUGUAUAUACAAUAAUGUUUUUAUGUGAAAAAUUGCCUUUAUUCAAGUUUUGUUCAAGAAAAUGAAACAAACAAAAAAAAAUUACAAGCUUUUAAUUUGAACAGUAUUUAAUGCAGUAUAUAUCAUAUAACACAGCCUUUUGGAAUGUUUCCCUAGAAAUGAAUAUUUUUUUUAUAUUAUAUGUUUAUGGAGGAACCACAAUUCUA